CUUCAACCCAUAUAAAUGUCCCGUAUUGAUCUGUCCCGGUUUAUCACUGUGGUCCUGCUGUCCCGUUCAGUGACGAUCGAUCGCAUCGGUGCUCGACUGCUUUUCACUUUCCUCUUCAGUCGAUUGGUUGCGGCUUCCUCUUCCUCACAUGUUUCAUGUUUGGGAGAAAGAAACAUGGCAGAGCUAACGAGUGAAGUCCAGGUUGUUCCUGUCAAAAAGCCCACAGUCCGUGGACCACGGCGUGUAGCCAAUCAAAUUCCAGAUGAAAUCCUGCAAGAUCCUGAGCUACAGGAGGCGAUCAAAGCCCUGCCUGCAAAUUACAACUUUGAGAUCCACAAGACAGUUUGGAAAGUGAGGCAAGCCAACGCGACAAGAGUGGCUCUGCAGCUUCCAGAGGGCCUGCAGAUGUUUGCCUGUGUCAUCGCUGACAUCAUUGAGAGGUUCACAGAGGCAGAUACCAUUGUGAUGGGGGACGUGACGUACGGGGCGUGCUGCGUGGACGACUUCACCGCCCGAGCCCUCGGAGCUGAUUUCAUGGUGCACUACGGCCACAGUUGUCUCAUCCCUAUCGACUCCACAGCAGGUAUUAAGAUGCUGUAUGUGUUUGUGGAUAUCCAGAUGGACAAUGCACACUUCCUGGACACGGUCAAGUUCAACUUCCCUCCCGGACAAUCUCUGGCACUCGUCAGCACUAUUCAGUUUGUGACAGCGCUGCAGUCUGUGAGCGCAGCCCUCAAGCCAGAGUAUGAUGUGCUGGUCCCACAGUGUCGACCUCUGUCUCCAGGAGAAAUUUUGGGCUGUACCUCCCCUCGCUUGGACCGCCAUGUCAAUGCUGUAAUUUAUCUAGGAGACGGAAGAUUUCACCUGGAGUCAAUCAUGAUCGCAAACCCAGACAUUCCUGCUUACAGAUAUGACCCCUACAGUAAGAUCUUCUCCAGGGAGUACUAUGACCAUGAAGCCAUGCGUGCCUUAAGGCUCCAGGCUAUUGACAAAGCUCGAACGGCCCAGAGAUGGGGCCUGAUCAUGGGCACGCUGGGCCGCCAAGGCAGCCCCAAAGUCAUGGAGCACCUGGAGACAAGACUACAGUCUUUGGGCAAGUCCUUCACACGAGUGCUCCUGUCUGAGAUUUUCCCAGGCAAGCUGGAUCUGAUGCAAGAUGUAGACGCGUGGAUCCAGAUUGCUUGUCCACGCCUUUCCAUCGACUGGGGCACAGCCUUCUCUAAGCCCCUGCUGUCUCCAUAUGAGGCAGCUGUGGCUCUGCAGGAAGUUGGCUGGAAGGAAGUCUACCCCAUGGACUUCUACUCCAACCAGAGCCUGGGGCCGUGGGCCCCCAACCACCCCGACAACCAGCCUGUGCGGCCCGCUCGCAGACAGACUCAGAAACGAGGCUCGGAGCCAGUCCCUCCUACUAAACCGUGUGGGCAGAACCAGUGCGCCCCCUGUGGCUGUCAAGGGGAAUAGCACUCCAUGUCAAGCCCCUGCCUGUCUUUGACUCGUCUCUUGUGCCUGCCAGCGCCUCUGCCUCUGCUAAUGGCUGCGGAGAGGUCAGACCAGAAGAGGAGAGUGGGUAUUUGUCCAGACAGUCUAUCAGCGAGCGGAGCUAAAGCCAGAGGAGCCCUCAGCUGCUCCUCAAAUGGAUUACCAGCCAUAAAUAAUCCCUCAUUUUACAGCACAGCAGAUCAAAAAACCAAAUUCAUUGCUCUUAUUCACGUUGUCUGCAUGUGUUCUGAAAACACAAGCAGCUGGGAGAGAAGCCUGUGUGUGUUUGAGGUCGUGCUUGUUCAUGUGAGUCACAUUAACACGACAGAGCUGCUCUCUGCUGCACCAAGGAAGAAAUUCCUCCUGUGUGGGCCUUUCUUUAAUGCACACGGGGCUUUUGUGACUGUUCGAAUGCAAGACACAACCUUGAGUUACAUUAUAUGGAAUUAAAGCGUUAAUGUGGGUGGAUUCAAUCACUCCUCUUGUCCUUGGAUAAAGCGAAAGAUGUUUUCGGACACUUCAGAAGAGUUCCACGCCAUGUUUCAAAGACACGAAUUGUAUGAAGCACUUUAUAUAAAGUACACUUUGUGACUUUUAAGUAUUCUACUGAAAUGUGUAUCCUACAUAACCUUGUCUCUGUGUCUUGCUUUUCUAGACAAACUCUGAAACAAUAAAUCAGAAGUAUCCUUA